AACAUUUCGAAGGUCCCUUCGGAGGUUUCAAGGUGGCCCCUGGACACCAGGACAGAAAUGCUUGUGAUCAUGAACAAAUCCAGCUGGAGAGUGAACGAUGGCCAGGUGACCAUUUCAUACUACAAGGCCAAUGAGGAGACCCCCAUGGCCAUGGCUGUGCUCCAGCUCACCUGCGUAGAGAUUUCCCUGGAUGUCGACUCAAGACGCUCAGGAGUCGUGGCAAAGAAAGCCGAAAACAAGAAAGAGUGGACGUGGGGCCCGGAAGGCAAAGGAGCCGUCCUCUUGGUCAACUGCGACAGAGACCGGCCCCAGACAAAGGGGCUGGACUGCCAAGAUGAGAAAGUGGGGUCAAAAGAAGACCUCAAGGACAUGUCCGUUAUGAUUCUGACAACUCGAGGACCUGCUGACAUUUUCAAGAAGCACCAGCUGGUCCUCCACGUCUCGGCAUCGGAAAAUGACAAAGUGAGGGUCUUCCAUGCUCAGGAGGGAAGGGAGGUGAGCCAGUACCGGGCAGUUCUGGGGCCCAGGAGAGCCUCCUAUAAGAUAAAGAGUGGCAGACACCAAGAGGCAGUUUUCUACGUGGAAGGGCUGGCUUUUCCCGAUGUCGACUUCUCAGGGCUGGUAUCCUUCCACGUCACGCUGCUGGAGAACCUGUCUGAGAAAUUUCCUGCGACUCCUAUUUUCAGCGAUUCUGUGGUUUUCCGUGUUGCCCCGUGGAUAAUGACCCCCAACACCUUGCCACCAAAGAAGGUGUACGUCUGCAGCAUUAGUGACAGUGAAGAGUUUGUGGACGAGGUGAUGGAUCUUGCCCAAAGCAGAGGCUACGACAGCUUGGUGGAAGCCAUGGAAGAGCUCCACAGGAAGAGCGAGGAUGCCGGCGUCGUGGCCGACGUGUGCAGGAUGGUCAGGAAGACCAACAACAGGGACUUUGUGGUGGCCGUGAGCAAGCUGGCCAGGGACAGCAAGAACACGGACUUUGUGGACGCGGUGAAAGAGCUGGCGGUCAAGGCGGGCUGCUCUCUGGUCGUCUGCAAGUGGGAGAAAAACCACGGAGAUCGCUGGAUCCAGGACGAGAUGGAGAUUGGCUACGUGCAGGCUCCACACAAAGAGUUUCCCGUGGUUUUCGACUCCCCCAGAAACAGAGAGCUGAAAGAUUACCCCUUUAAAGAUGUUUUGGGCCCAGAUUUCGGUUAUGUCACACGAGAGCCGGCUACUGAUGAGAUUGCGUCGCAACUGGACUCCUUUGGAAACCUCGAAGUCAGCCCUCCGGUGACGGUCAGGGGCAAGCAGUACCCUCUGGGCAGAAUCCUCAUCGGCAGCUACAUCUCCAGGGAAGAAAACAGAGAGAUGUUUAAAAUUGUCCGGGACUUCCUCUAUGCCCAGAAAGUGCAGUCUCCUGUGGAGCUGGAUUCUGAUUGGCUGGUUGUAGGGCACGUGGAUGAGUUCUUGACUUUUGUUCCAGCUCCGGAUAGACAGGGUUUUCGGCUGCUCCUGGCCAGCCCCACCGCCUGCUACAAACUGCUAAAGGCGAAGGAGGAGGAAGGCCACGGAGAGGCUCUCAUGUUCGAAGGGAAACUGGAUAUUUGCCAUCAGGUCAAAAUAAAGAGUAUCCUGGCCGAUGAAGAUUUGAAGAGCAGCAAUGAGUAUUUCCAGAAAUGCAUCGACUGGAACAGAGACAUCCUCAAAGCGGAGCUGGGGCUGGCCGAGGAAGACAUCAUCGACAUCCCCCAACUGUUCACAACGGAUGAGGAUUCUGGCAAAGCUGCCGCCUACUUCCCGGACAUGGUGAACAUGCUUGUUCUGGGGAAGCACCUGGGCAUCCCGAAGCCUUUUGGGCCCGUCGUGAACCGGGCGUGCUGCUUGGAGGAGGAGGUCCGGCGGCUGCUGGAGCCCCUGGGCUUGCUCUGCACCUUCAUCGACGACUACAAAGCCUACCACCAGAAGCAUGGAGAAGUCCACUGUGGCACCAACGUCUGCCGGCAGCCGUUCUCCUUCAAGUGGUGGAACAUGGCAACGCCUUGACCCCCCCCCCUCCCCCCAGGGGCACGCAGCAAUCCUUGGCUUCCUCAGGAACCUUGUUUGGUUCUCUUGCAGAGAACACACGGUUCCCGAUGAGGCUGUCUCACCCUCUUGCUUCCCAUUUCUUGGUACGUCCCGGCCUCCCGGGAUCACCUGAAGGGGCUCCAGUCCCAAUCUGUGUUUGAAGAGAGGCAGUUGUAAGGAACAAGGAGGCUUGGGGCCUGCACAGGUACUCCUCCAAAGAACACUGCCUGCCUGGAACUAGAGCCUGCGAUUGCAGCUACUCGGCUGAGUGGUUCACCCUCAGAUUUGUUCCGAGGGAGGCAGGCCCUGGGAAGUCUCAUCAGCCACUGCAAGGGAAAGGAAGGGCCGGCCCCCAGAACCCUCAGCUUCCAACCCACGCAGCUCUAGGGCCGAAGGGGCCAGUCCAGGCAUCCAGGCGGGGAGGGGAAGAGGCUCACCCCUCCCUCUCUCCAACAUGCGGCUGUAGAUCUGCCAGAGGAGAACAAGGGCAAAGCAGGUGUUUCCCUUUUAAAAAUCAGGUCAUUUUCAAUACUGCACCUCUGCAGAUUUUUUUAAAAAAACUGUUAUCUUGCCAACAACCUCUUCCCCACCUGUCAUUUUC